CUUCAUCUUGGUCAUUAUAUAUAUAUAUAUAUAUAUCUUUUGUUUUUAUCACCAUACAUUAUAUAUCUUUUAUUUAUUUUUCUUAAUACCUUUUAUUAUUGAUGACCAUUCCUGAAACGACUGCCAUGGAUACUUCUUUUAGUAAACAAGAACAACAGCCAGAGCAGGUCCAAGGAAAACAACAAGAUGUUGAAAACACAGGCAAAUCAUACCAAAGGACAUUAACACUUAUCAAACCAGACGCCGUACAAGCUAAUCAUCAACAAGAUAUUAUCGAUAAAAUCACUCAAGUUGGAUUCACUAUCAUUCAACAAAAACAAAUCCAGUUUACAUUGGAUCAAGCCCGUUUAUUUUAUCGUGAACAUGAAGGCAAAUCAUUUUAUCCUCAGUUGACAGAAUGGAUGAGCAGGUAAGAUCAAAUAUCAAAGAGUGAGGGGUAAAUAUGGAGAAACUACUAAGGGAGUAUUUACAACUGAUGAUGAAGGAGGGGAGGUUGAUAUGCGGACACUUCUUGUUUUCUCCU